CUCCCUCGCACACACUCCAUAGUAAUACUACUCUCUAGAACAAACACAAAUUGCUCCUGCAGAAUUUUGUACUGCCUACAGUUCUUUUCUAGAGAAUCGAAAAUGGCUUCAUCGUUAUUGCAGGAACCAUGGAUGGUGGAGAAUGGCAAUCUGAAGGGAUCCAGCAAGGAGAUUCGGCAUGGCAGGACUGCACACAACAUGUCGUCUUCUUCCUUGAGAAAAAAAUCAGACAUAAAACUGGUUUCCAAGGUCCCUUGCAGCCUUCUAAGGCAGUUUUUGGCUAAUCUUCAAGAGGUCAUAUUGGGAACGAAGCUUUCCGUUCUCUUUCCGGCGAUUCCCCUCGCCAUUAUCGCUCAAUGCUAUGGAUUUGGAAGACCUUGGAUUUUUGCGUUGAGCUUACUUGGACUGACUCCUUUGGCGGAACGUGUCAGUUUUUUGACAGAGCAAAUUGCUUACUACACUGGCUCUACAGUGGGAGGACUGUUGAAUGCUACGUGUGGAAAUGCCACAGAGUUGAUAAUAGCAAUAUUUGCUCUAUCCCAACGUAAAAUAGCCGUUGUUAAGUAUUCACUGUUGGGUUCUGUACUUUCAAAUCUCCUCCUGGUUCUUGGCACCUCUCUCUUCUGCGGUGGCUUAGCCAACCUCAGAAACCAACAAAAAUAUGACAGGAAACAAGCAGAUGUUAACUGUCUGCUGCUCCUGCUGGCAUUGUUGUGUAACCUAUUGCCAAUGUUGUUUACAUAUGCGGCUGCCCCAUUAGCAGCAGGUCCUACACUUGAUUUAUCAAGAGCAAACAGCAUUGUCAUGCUCAUUGCCUACUUCGCCUACCUUGUCUUCCAACUUGGCACUCACCGCCAAUUGUUCGAAGCCCAAGAGGAAUCCGAGGAUGAUGAUGUGGUUUCGGAAGAGGCGCCGGUUAUAGGGUUUUGGAGUGGAUUUGCUUGGCUGGUGGGGAUGACUGCUGUCAUUUCUAUAUUGUCUGAGUACGUUGUGGGCACAAUUGAGGAUGCAUCCGACUCAUGGGGAAUAUCUGUGAGUUUCCUCAGUAUUAUCUUGCUGCCAAUAGUUGGAAAUGCAGCAGAACAUGCUGGAGCUAUCAUUUUUGCCUUUAAGAACAAGUUGGACAUAUCUUUGGGAGUUGCUUUGGGGUCUGCAACUCAGAUUUCCAUGUUUGUGGUACCAUUGAGUGUAAUAGUUGCUUGGAUUAUGGGUAUUGAGAUGGAUCUAAAUUUCAAUCUCCUUGAAACCGGCUCUCUUGCUCUAUCAAUUAUUGUCACCGCCUUUACUCUACAGGAUGGCACUUCCCACUACAUGAAAGGAUUGGUUCUCCUCCUGUGUUAUGUUGUUAUUGGAGCAUGCUUCUUUGUGCUGAAAACAUCCCCAGUCCCAAAUGAAGCUAAUGUCAAUAACGUCAUGGAACUUGAAUCUGCAAUAGGAGCUGCCUUCAGAUCAGCUUAACCCAGUAGGAUGCGGGGGUUGAUUAAGGAUCGAUGUGUCGAAGAAGAAAACUGCAAAACACAUAUACAGUUGUUAUUCUUUGCGUUUCUCGCCUGAUCUGCAGCCUGCCUGAAAGCCAUGAAAGGUUAUGAGUUUUUGCUCGUCUCUGCUCAUGCACACAUUCCUUCAUAUAAUGGAUAUAUAUAUAUAUAUAUAUAUAUAUAGAACUAUUUUAUAUGGGGUUUUGCUUCCAUUGAAGCUUGAUGAAGACAGGCUACAGCUACAGCAUUAUAAUAUAUAUAUAUAUAAUGUAUAUAGUUUCUUUAGAUUUUAGAGUUGUUCGUAUUUUCUGAGUGUUCUUUUGGAGGGGAUAAAA